AUGCCACUCAUGACUCAUCUAAUCUUAUCUUCAAUCUUUCACAAGUUCAAAUCCCACGCCAUGGAUUUCCUUUCACAACCAACACUUGUAGUGGUAGCCAUAAUAACCAUAGUUCUUCUUUACAAAACAUGGAGGAAGAAAAAAGGUAGUCACAAAAGCAAGGGUCAACAACCCCCAGAACCCUCAGGUGCCCUACCUCUGAUUGGUCACCUCCACCUGCUAGGAGCUCAAACACCCCUUGCUAGGAGCUUUGCUGCUUUGGCUGACAAAUACGGCUCCAUCUUCCAAAUCCGUCUAGGGGCAUACCCUGCUCUUGUGAUUUGCAACCGAGAGGCAAUAAAAGAGUGUUUCACCACCAACGACAAAGUCUUGGCCUCACGCCCUAAGUCAAGCCAUGGUGUGCACCUUGGUUACAAUUUUGCAGGGUUUGGAUUUGCCCCUUAUGGCACAUAUUGGAUCAAGAUCAGAAAGCUCACCAUGCUUGAAUUGCUCUCUGCUCGCCGCCUUGAAUUCUUGAGGCAUGUUUAUGAAUCUGAGAUUGAUACUUUGGUGAAGGAUCUUCGGAUGUAUCUGGGAAGCAAAACUGGCGUUAAGGUCACAAUCAGUGAGUGGUUGGAACGGUUGACCUUCAAUAUGAUCACAAAGAUGAUUGCUGGGAAAAGGUAUUUCAGUUAUUUGGAAGAUGUGGAUGAUGUUGAAGCACAUGGUAUUGUGAAACUCAUAAAGGAGUUCAUGCAUAUAUCUGGGGAGUUUGUGACUUCGGAUUUGAUUCCAGUUCUUGGAUGGUUUGGUCUGCAUGGGCAAGUGCUGAAAUCUAUGAAACGAAUUGCAAAAGAUUUGGACACCCUUGUGGGAGGUUGGGUUGAAGAGCACAAGAAGAGUGAUCCACUCUCCAACAAAUCAUGGGAAAACCAUGAUUUCAUUGAUGUCAUGCUCUCUGUUAUUGAAGAUGAUCCUGUCUCUGGUCAUAACCGUGAUACCAUCAUCAAAGCUACUGUUAUGAAUAUUAUGUUAGCAGGGUCAGACACAACAUCGACGACAAUGACAUGGAUACUAGCCAUGUUGAUGAAGAAUCCACACGCUUUGAAGCGAGCACAAGAAGAGGUUGAUCAUCAUGUGGGUAGGGAGAGAAGGGUGGAAGCAAAUGACCUAAAAAAUCUCGUUUAUCUGCAAGCAAUUAUGAAGGAAACUUUGAGGCUAUACCCUCCAGGGCCUCUGUUGGUACCCCACGAGGCUAGAGAAGAUUGCAGGAUUCAGGGCUAUCAUGUACCAAAAGGGACACGUGUGUUUGCCAACGUGUGGAAACUUCACAGAGAUCCAAGUGUUUGGUGUGAGCCUGAGAAGUUUUCACCUGAGAGGUUUAUGAAUGAGAAUGGAGAAGUUGAUGAAGGUCACCAUUUUGAGUAUUUGCCCUUUGGGUCAGGGAGAAGAGCUUGCCCUGGUUCCACUUUUGCCACACAAGUGAGUCUCAUGACACUUGCUCGUUUGCUUCAAGGGUUUGAUUUGGAGGUGCCUGUGGAUGAACCUGUUGAUUUAGAAGAAGGGUUGGGCAUCACCUUGCCCAAGAUGAAUCCAUUACAAAUUCUCUUGAGCUCCAGGUUACCUAAUCAAUUUUACAACUCAUAG